AUGUAUUUGAAGAGUAGUGCCUUGAUCGUGCUCGCGGCUACCGUCGCCAUUGCUGCAGCGGCGGCGGCGAACUCCAAGGAGGAACAGCGGGUGAUACAUUUGAUCGACGAGAUCGACGCGGAAUCCAGCUUCCCACUGUUCGGUGGACUGAGUGUUGAGCGAUCGGACGCCGCCGAUGGGCGUUCGUUCGGUGCGUUCGGCGGCGAUGAAGAUUUGGCUGAACGUGCCGUGCGAUAUCUGAGUACGCACACCGUGCAGUUCAGUAUCCCCGAGGGUGAAAAUGACGAGGGUCGCCAGAUGGAAGAAGCUCGCAGCAGCCGUCUGAAGAAAGUUUUCCUGCCACUGCUGCUCGCCCUGAAGCUGAAAAUGUCUAUCAUCUUGCCCAUCCUAUUGACCAUCAUCAAGCUUAUCUCGAUCAAGGGGCUGCUCGCUGGUCUGCUCGCCAUCAAAUUCUCCGUCUUCACCGUCCUGAAGGAUCUGUUCAACAAGAAGCAGGAACGUGUGACCACCGCCUACAUCACCAGUGCCCAGCCGGUGAACGCCGAAAUCGUCCACCAGGACUGGCAUCGCAACGGGCAGGCUUCGCCCCAGGAACUGGCCUACGGCGGGUACAAUCCUUACGCCACCCUUCAGUGA